CUAAAAAAAAAAAGCGUAAACAUUCAAUUUAACCCAAUUUUAUUUUAUUGUCUUUCGCUUUCCUACUCCCAAACUUUGCACACUGAAUACAAGGUAAAAACCGACCUUUCAACUAAAUCAAAAUCUUCUCUCUAAAUCUCUCAUAUAACGGUUCUCAGAAUUCGCAGGCUUUAAGCAACCAAAGAUUAGCUCGAAAUAACACCUUAGUAGCUGACAUGUUCUUUUCUUCUUUCUUUCUUUUUAUCAAGUUACAUCUCACUUAAAUUAGGUCAGAUUUCAACUUCUUUUGUUCCUAAUUUUCAUGCAAAAUCUUGAAUUUCAUCAUGUUUUUUUUCAGGUUUGGGUUUUUUUAACAGAUGAAAAGUCUAUUUUGGAAUUCAAAACUUCAAAGUUAAAAUCAGAGUUCCUAUGGACUUCUAUUACUAUGUUUUUUGGCUUCAACUUGAAAAAAAAGAGAUUGAUGGUUUAUAUUGAUGGGUACUUUAAGAAGUUUUUGAUCAAUACCCAUUUUAAUUUGAAGAAUAUGAUUUCUUUUAAUGUGUUUCUCUUUCAAAAGAUGAUUCCUUUUGGUGGGUUUUUCUUGGUCUCCAUCUCUGCCCUGAUUUUUUCUCUGUUUGAUUUCUUCAGCAAAGUUUUCUCCAGGAUUCAAAGAAAUAAGAUUUCUCAAAUAAAGAAUUCGAUUCCUAAUCCUAUUGAUCAAAAGGGUCACACAGAAGAGAAAACAGAGGAAGCCCAACCUGAUGCUAUUGUAUUGGAGGGUGAAGAAAGUGAAGAAGAAAAAGAGUCACCGAAGUUCUUUUUCAAGUUUCAGUUUCAAACUCAAACUUUUGAAGAAUUCAGCAAGAAGUUCAGAGGAGACGAGAAUUAUAAUGUUGGCCUGGAAUCUGUUCCUUCCACCAGCACAAACAAGUAUGAGUUCAAGUCAGGGAAUGAUAUUAGUUGUUUAAUGGAGAUGCCAGAGGAUUUGAGCUUUAGGGUCAAAGAAUUAUAUGCUGAUUCUGACAAUGGGUUAUUGUCAGAAGAGGAUUUUCCGGAACAAAAUUUGAAGGAUGAAGCAGUUACCGAAGAAAUAACAGAGAAUAAAGAAAAAGUGUCAGAGAAUGAAGAAACUGUUUGUGAAGAAGAAGCAGUUGAAGUGGAGCAUAAUUUUCCAAGCCAAGAAGAUGUUUCAGGGAAUUCUCAGUUUCUUUCUGAGAAGGACUUCCCUGUUUCUGAGACUGAUACGGAUUCUAUUACUUCAAGUCCUGAAUAUAUGAGUAAUUUUAUUGGUUCAGCUAGUGACGGAUUUUUAUCAGAUAGAGAUUUUGAAGAAGAUUUUGAGGUUUAUUCUUCAAGAAAUGUUGACAGACAUAAGGGAAAAUUAACCAGGGAAGAUAUGGACUUGGAAGAAGCUGAUGAUUUUGACAAUGAACAUAGAGAUAUAAUGGAAGAGCUUAGAAAAUUAGAAGAGUCCGAAAACCAGAAUGAGGAUUCCAAGCAGGAAGAAAUUAGUGGCAAUGACAAUGAAUCCGCAAAUACUUUGGAUAAUUCAGAAAAAUCCAAUUUAGAUAAUUCAUUUUCGUCGGAUUCCGAGGAUUCAAAUGGUUUGGAAACUUUGUGGGAGCAUCAAGAUCUGAUAGAACAACUCAAGAUGGAGCUGAAAAAGGUUAGAGCCACAGGCCUGCCUACCAUCUUAGAAGAAUCUGAGUCUCCGAAGAUAAUGGAUGAUUUGAAGCCUUGGAAGAUUGAUGAGAAGUUCCAGCAUGUAGAUAGAAUGAGUGAGCUUCACAAAUUCUACAAGAGUUACAGAGAAAGAAUGCGAAAAUUCGAUAUCUUGAAUUACCAGAAGAUGUAUGCAAUAGGCUUUCUUCAGUCAAAGGAUCCACUUCAAUCAAUUUCAAGCCACAAAUCAUCCUCACCUCCAGCAAUUACAUCUCUUCUCUCCCAAAACCUCAGGCUAGGAAGGCGAAAAAAGUCCGAUCUCGAUCCCAUGAGAAAGUUCAUUAAGGAGCUUCACGGUGAUUUAGAAAUGGUCUAUGUAGGGCAACUGUGCCUUUCUUGGGAAAUACUUCAUUGGCAAUAUCAGAAAGCAAUUGAAAUUUGGGAAUCUGACCCUUAUGGCAUGCGUCGAUACAAUGAAGUUGCCGAUGAAUUUCAACAGUUUCAAGUGCUGAUGCAAAGAUUUAUAGAGAACGAACCCUUUGAAGGUCCAAGGGUACAAAACUACGUCAAGAAUCGAUGUGUUCUACGUAAUCUCCUUCAAGUUCCAGUUAUUAGAGAGGAUAGUAUGAAGGAUAAAAGAAAGGCUAGAAGAAAAGGGAGAGAUGAUGAUGCAAUAACAAGUGACAUGCUUGUAGAAAUCAUGGAGGAAUCAAUAAGAAUAUUUUGGCGAUUCGUUCGAGCUGAUAAAGAUGCAAAUAUGGUGAUCCAGAAGACCAGGAAAGGAGCUCAAGUGGAACCUUUAGAGCCAAACGAUCUUGAACUUUUAGCAGAGGUUCAAACAAAUCUGCAAAAGAAGGAUAGGAAGCUUAAAGACAUACUGAGAAGUGGAAACUGCAUAUUAAGAAAAUUCAAGAAGAAUCAAGAGGAAAGUUCAGAUCAAGUCCUUUACUUCUUCUCUCAAGUGGAUUUGAAGUUAGUGGCAAGAGUUUUGAACAUGUCAAAAGUGACAAAAGACCAACUUUUUUGGUGCCACAGCAAAUUGAGCAAGAUUAAUUUUGUUAAUAGGAAGAUUAAUGUAGAACCAUCAUUUUUGCUUUUCCCAUGUUAAUAUUUUAUGAAUAUAUAAUAUAGUAUUUCCUCGUAUAUUCAUCCCUCUUGCCAUAGCCCCUAUUUACAUAAUUUAGCCUAGUUCUAUAAAAAUUUUGGUAUAUGUAACUUUCAUAGGUUUUAUUUUUGAUGAGGUUCAUUA